AUGAAUGAAGGAAAUUUUCUGAAAAGAUCGUCUCGAACAAAUGAAAAAUCGCAAUUAUUCGACAAGAAUUUCAACACAUCGAAUCUUCAGUCUGACUUUUCUCCAAUAACAAUUACUCAAUUCAUUCAGGAUAUCAAUACAAAACACGAAGCGAUAAUAGAGCCACCGAAACUAAAUGAUCCGCCUAGAAAUUCUAAAGGAAAAAGUUCUUCUCACAAACAAAGAACUGCUCAAUCACCAUCAAUUCCGAAAUGUUUUCAAUUGAAUACGAAUUCGAAUUUCUAUGAAAAUCAACUUUUCCAAUUAAAUCUUUUCGAUCCCGUCUUAUUUCAAUGGAAACUCAUUCGUUCCAAGAACGAAAUCCAUGAAUUUUGUCGAAAACAGUCAUUUGUUUCGACAAAUACGUCUCAAACUUCGAUACAAGCAUUGAUAACAUACAUUCAAUCACAACGACAAUAUGUUCCGGCAGACUACUCAUCGUGGGAUACCUCAUUUCCGUCAUAUCAUCCUUUGAAAUGUUCUUUGAAUAAAGUCUCGUCGUUCAAUGAAAAAUUCUUGAUUAAAAAUCCUCACGGGCGAACUGGUCUAUCAGGUCAAGGUCUAUUCGAUAUCAUUGGUCCUAAUCGUUACACGAUCUCACUCCACCUUCAACGAAAACACCACAAGAAUUAUAUUUUAUUACUUAAAAAUUCUCGUCAUCAAUAUGAAUUGCCGAAAACGAGUCCGAUCAAGAAAACUUUCCUAUGUCGCACCCUCGAUGUCAUUUAUCUCGAUCAUCCACUGAACACCGACGAUGCAUGGAUCGAAAUGGAGAUCAUUCUGAUUGAAAAUUCUCGAAUAAACUCUAUGACUAACUCCUGGUUUGCAAUCGAUGAUUUGUCUGAAUGCAACGAUAUCGAACCUUUUGAUUUGAAUUUAAUCAACUUUUAUCUGUAG